GUUGUGAAAUAGUAUCAUGCAGGGCGGGGGAUUUGUCCUCAUGUCUGUAUAUAUAACGAGAUGUCCAGAGAAAUGUGAUUGCUUUUUGAACCUACCAUGUCCCACUGACGUUGUGCUGAAUAAACCUUGACUCUAUUUUUGAGAAUCCUUCUGAGGAAAGCAAACUUCUUAAUCGACAACAGUUUCCAAGGGUGGAUAUCUGGUUUGAAAAUGUGUUUGGGUCCAUCCCCCUAACUCAGGGCGACACUUCUUCCUCAGAUCCAACAUGGUGCGUAGGGUUGCUGUCAUCGGGGCAGGGCCCUCAGGUCUGGCCAGCAUCAAGUCCUGUCUGGAGGAGGGCCUGGAGCCUGUGUGCUUCGAGUCCAGCGAUGACAUCGGAGGACUGUGGAGGUUCAAGGAAGUCUCCGAGCCCAAGAGGGCCAAUAUCUACCGCUCCCUCACCAUCAACACCUCUAAGGAGAUGAUAUGUUUCAGCGACUUCCCCAUCCCAGCAGACUACCCCAACUACAUGCACCACUCACGCAUCCUGCAGUACUUCAGGUUGUACGCGGAGACCUUCAAACUGCUGCAACGCAUCCGUUUCCAGACCACGGUGCGGAGUGUGAGGCAGAGUUCAAACUUCAGCCGCUCCGGCCAGUGGGAGGUGGUGACGGCGAGCAGGGAGGGGGUGGAGGAGAGACACGUGUUUGACGCAGUCAUCGUCUGCUCUGGUCACUACACCUCCCCACACCUGCCUCUCAGAGAAUUCCCAGGGAUCGAGGCGUUUGAGGGGAAGUACAGCCACAGCUGGGACUACAAGGAGCCUGAUGACAUGAAGGGCAAGAGGGUGGUGGUCGUUGGCAUUGGAAACUCAGGAAGUGACAUCGCCGUGGAGACCAGCCGAGUGGCAGAACAGGUGUACCUCAGCACCCGUCGAGGAGCCUGGGUGCUACGCCAGGUGUCGGACAACGGGCUGCCCGUGGACAUCAACUACAACACCAGGUUCAUCCACAUCCUCUUUCAGGUGCUGCCAAUGAGCUUCCUCAACUGGUUUGGAGAGAGGAUGCUCAACGCCAUGUAUGACCACACCACGUACGCGCUCAAGCCCAAACACAGGCUUUUCAGUCAGAUCCCGGUGAUAAACGACGAGCUCCCUCACAAGAUCCUGGCGGGCAGCGUGGUGAUCAAACCCAACGUGAAGGAGUUUGUCGGCUCCAGCGUGGUCUUCGAAGACGGGAGCGUGGUGGAAAAGGUGGACGCGGUUGUGUUCGCCACGGGAUACAACUACGACUUCUCCUUCCUGCCGCGAAACGUGCUGCAGAUGUCCGGCCACCGGGUGGCGCUGUACAAACACGUGUUUCCCCCCGCCCUAGAGCACAACACCCUGGCUGUCGUGGGGUUCAUCCACGCCCUGGGGGCCAUCAUGCCCCAGGCUGAGAUGCAGGCUCGCUGGGUGGCACGCGUCUUCAAAGGGCUCAAGAAACUGCCGUCUAGCCAGGCUAUGUUAAAGUCAGUUGAUAGUGACACCAAAGACAUGGACAAGAACUUUGUUCUGUCCAAGCUGACACCUCUGCACGUGGAUUUCGUCUCCUACAUGGAUGAAAUCGCUGGAGAGGCGGGGGUGAGACCCAGCCUGCUCUGGCUGUUCUUCACAGACUACCCGCUCUUCAAGCAGAUCCUGUGGGGGCCCGUGUCCGCCUUCCAGUACCGCCUGACGGGCCCUGGGAGGUGGGACGGAGCUCGCCAGGCUAUUCUCACCCAGAGUGAUCGCAUGUACCAGCCUCUGAAGACCAGACAGGUGGAUAAGCCGAAAAGUUCCUGGCUAGGCCGUCUGUUCAAGCUCAGUCUGACUGCCGCGGUGGGGGGAGGUGCUGCCUACUACGUCCACCGCCACCCCCCCUCCCACCUCACCUCCCUCCUCGCCUCCCUCCGACCUCUGAGCGAGAGGGCGGAGCCAGAACGCUCCAGCAUCUAUCGCUCCCUGGUCGUGAACACCUCUAAGGAGAUGAUGUGCUUCAGUGACUUCCCCAUGCCUGAUCACUACCCCAACUACAUGAAGCACUCCCAGCUGCUGCAGUACUUCAGGCUCUACUCUGAGCACUUUGACCUCCUGCGACACAUCCGUUUCCAGUGGGAGGUGGUGACUGAAGACAGGGAGGGACAGGAGGAGAGACACGUGUUUGACGGGGUUCUAGUGUGUUCCGGCCACUACACACACCCCAUAUCCCCCCUCAAGGACUUCCCAGGUCACGACACGUUCCAGGGGAGGUGCUGCCACAGCUGGGAGUACAAGGAUGCUAACGCCCUCCGAGGGAAGAGAGUGCUGGUGGUUGGCAUCGGCAACUCUGGAGGAGACAUCGCCGUGGAGAUUAGCCGAUCCGCAGAGAAGACGUUCUUGAGCACACGAAAGGGAGCUUGGGUGAUCGGUCGCAUGUCCAGCCGUGGUCUUCCCCUGGACAUGAUGGCCAUUACCAGGAAGAACGCCCUGCUGACCCUCCUCCUGCCCAGGGCUCUGGUCAACUGGGCCGCCGAGAGAGACCUCAACCACAGAUACGACCACAGGCUGUACGGCCUGCAGCCCACACACAGGCUCUUGGACAGGAGGCCGCUGAUCAACGAUGACCUUCCGGGACGUGUCCUCCAGGGGGCACUGGUGAUGAAGCCCAACCUGCAGGGGUUCCAGGGCUCCGGAGUUACGUUUGAGGACGGAACCGCGGAGGAGAACAUCGACGCCGUGGUGUUCUGCACCGGCUACAGCGGAACCUUCUCCUUCCUGCCCGCCUCUCUGUUCCAGGGGUCUGGAGGACAGCUGAGCCUCUACAGGCGUGUGUUCCCCCCCUCUCUGGAGCGCCCCACGCUGGCCGUCAUGGGAUUGUUCCAGACAAAAGGACCCAUCAUGCCGCUGGUGGAGAUGCAGGCGCGUUGGGCUACACGGGUCAUAGCAGGGCUGAGCCAGCUUCCUCCAAAGCGCCUAAUGCUGACCGCAAUAGAGACCGAGAGGAAGAGAAACAUCAAGAGCUACCCCUGCCCAAGACAGGCUGCCCUCCAGGUGGACUUCAUCUCAUACCUGGACUCCAUCGCUACGGAGGUGGGGGUGCGUCCCAACAUGAUCAAGCUGCUGCUGACUGACCCCAGACUGGGUCUGGAGGUUCUCCUGGGGCCCGUCACCCCAUACCAGUACCGUCUGACCGGGCCGGGGAAGUGGGCCGGGGCCCGCCAGGCUAUCCUCACCCAGUGGGAGCGGGUGACCCAGGCCCUGAAUACCAGACCUGAAGACCCCCCGGAGCUCCCACGGUCCUCCACCCCCACCCUGGUCCUCUCCCUGAUGGUGGCCGGCCUGGCUACCACGGCCUACUACUGCAAGGGCAGCCUGGCCACCCUCCAGUGGGACCCUACUGCCCUGCUGGACAGGAUCAAGGUCUACCUGCCUGGCCCCUAAGCUGGGAGCUGCCCCCUUAUCCACUCGGUGCAGAACCGCUAGCUGUCAGAUAACAUUCCCCUCUGUCUGUUGAUUCACUUGCUGUUGCUUUUCAGAGAUAAUGCAUGGGUAGUUGUAUUAAUAUAAAGCUCAAAGCUAAUAUAUUCAGUGCCAGGAACCUAAACAAACAAGUAGUCGUUGUUAGCAUGUUCCAGCUCUGGCACUUUGCUAGAGUGACCUGCUUAUUAACACAAUGAGAUGCAAGGGAGAGUUUUGCUCCACAAAGUACCCAUUUUGCUGAGUAGCUUAACUGAUAUAUUGAGUUUAGGGUGUGAGGCUCAUUUAAAUAAUCAACAACUGAACAACUGUUCAUUUUUUAAAGCUUAUUUCUAUGAACUAAUACAGUAAGAGUGGUUGGAUGAGACCUUCACUUGUGCCUUUAAUAUUGAAUGAGCUUUUGCUGUUUUAAGUGCCAUUCAUUCUUUACAAGGGACACAAAAAAUUAUUAUGUGCACCUCAAAUUACCUUUCACCUCAUAUUGGACUGCUCUUCCCAAACAUUUGCAAACAGGAUCUAUGUAAAGUGAGACUGAUAACCUGUGUCUGCUUGGCAGCGGGGCCAACUUGUUCUGUAAUGUAGCAUCUCGGCAUUUCCUGUGUUUUUACACACGACAAUUUCUUGUUUAUAUUUUAUUAAUUAUUAAUAAAAGUUGUUUUCUGAUCACAAAUAAAAAAAACUGAGCAAAACAAAG